AUCCGUUUCCAAAAAAAAAAAGGCCCCCUCCCUGAUCUAGUCUUCUUCUCAAAAGAAAAGAAGCCAUUUUCCAUGGCUGUCGGUUGAAUAAGAAAGAACAGAGAACGACCAUCACUCCCAAAACCUCACUCUCAGUUCUUCUUCUUCUUCUCUUAAAAAAAAAAAAACUCUCUUUCCAUUCAAAAUUUUUCAUUUUUUUACAUUACAAAAACGGACAAAAAAAAAAAAAAAAGAGACAAGAGGCAAAAAAUCUUAUCUCCUAAAACUUGAGAGCUCAUUCUCUCAUUCAAGGAAAGUUGCAGCGAAAGAAUGAGAGUGGAUUUCCUUUCCUUUGCAGUUCAAUUUGUCUUCUGCUUCUAUUCACUUUGCAUCAACGGAAGUGAGGUUGCCGUUUGAAGUCCGUUCAAGGUGCGGUCCGUGAUUCUAUUCGAGUUCGACCAGAUUUUGCUCGUAACGGCGCUAUUCUCUUGGUUGUAAUUAGCUGGAAAUUUUCUUCAAUUAAAAGAUUAUUUAAGAUGAUAACUCAUUUUCAAAAAUUUCCAGAUGAUAAGGUCUAGGAUGUGAUGAGGUGGAACAAAGAUGUGAGUCGUUGCUUACUCUUUUUGGUCAGGCGCUACUCUAGAUCGGUGGGCCAUUCUGCACUAGCAAAUCGUGGUCAACCUGUGAUUCGAGUGUCAAACAGUAUAACACAUUUGGGCCGUCCAAAGGAGGGUGCAAAGCCUAGUCAGCUAUUGUCUUUGCCCCCAUUUCCUAGCCAUCCUUUGCCGGGAAAGAAAGCGGCCACCAGUCCUGACCAACCAUCUCGUCAUGUUACUGCCAUUAGCUGGAUCAAAUACUAUUUUGAUGAAAUACCAGGCUCGGUCAUCCAAUCCCAUUUUAAUAAGGGCCUCGUUCAGUUAGAGUUUAAUGAGUCAUCUACAAGCAAGGAAGGACAAACAAGAUUGCCGAGAAAGAUUAAGCAUUCUGAGGUCAUGGAAGUUGGUGCAAGAGUUUAUGUGCCCAUAUCUGUUGCUGAAACAAAAAUCUCAAAACGAUAUGAUGUUAUACCUAGUGGCACUUUGUACCCCAAUGCUGAUGAGAUAGCGUACUUGCAAAGGCUUGUAUUUUACAAGGACCCUGCCAUAAUUGUGCUAAACAAGCCCCCUAAACUGCCUGUGAAGGGAAACCUUCCCGUGCAUAAUAGCAUGGAUGCCUUGGCAGCUGCAGCAUUGUCCUAUGAAUAUGACGAGGGUCCUAGGCUGGUACAUCGUCUUGAUAGAGAGAGCAGUGGCCUUCAUUUAAUGGGAAGAACAGAAGAAAGUAUCUCCCACCUUCAUUUGUUGUUCAGCAACGCAAAAAGGUCCAAGUCACUGUCUAAGGCAUGGAAUGAUGCAUGUGGAUCAACGUAUCAGAGGUAUUGGGCGUUGGUAAUAGGUUCCCCCAAGGAGAAGGAAGGCAUAAUCUCUGCACCACUUACAAAGGUGCUUCUUGAUGAUGGUAGAACUGAGAGAGUCAUGUUGGCUCAACAUUCAGGAUUAGAAGCUUCUGAGGAGGCUAUUACAGAAUAUCGGCUGCUUGGUCCAAUGAUCAAUGGAUGCUCAUGGAUUGAGUUGCGCCCUCAUACAAGUAGAAAACAUCAGCUUCGAGUCCAUUGUGCUGAAGCCCUUGGAACUCCAAUUGUGGGUGACUACAAGUACGGUUGGUUUGUCCAUCGGAAAUGGAAGCAGAUGCCAAGAGUAGAUGUUGAGCCGACAACAGGGAAACCCUACAGAUUAAAGAGGCCGGAAGGUUUGGAUGUUCAGAAAGGAAGUGUCUUAUCUAAGGUUCCUUUAUUACAUCUGCAUUGUAGAGAGCUUGUGCUCCCAAACAUUGCCAAGUUUAUUGAGCUUCACAGUCGAAAAACAAGAACUCGCUGUUUAAAUGCAGAUAAUAGCUCAAAACCAGAUCUCCUUCGGUUUGUAGCACCAAUGCCAUCUCAUAUGAAAAUUAGUUGGAAGCUUAUGUCCUCUUACUUGAUAUGAGAAAUGACAAGUCUCCCUUGGUUUUUUCCUCAUGCUUUGCUCUCUCAAUUGUCUAUGAUCUAUCAUACAUAAAGCAUUUUUAGUUUCUCAUCCAAGUAACUCCUAAAACA